UCAAAGGUGACACUGAAGAAAAAAUAAUGAAGAAAAGACAGUAAUCCUUUUCAUUUAGGUAAAAUACUUUUGGGACACCAUGUAUGUAUUCUUCAAUUUCAACCUUAUUUUGAAUUGGCCAUGCGAGCAACAGAUCAUGUAUACAGAAUCUUGAACAAGUUAAACACAACCUUAGAACAAAAUUUAAAACACUUACCAAAACAUGUGCGAUGAGUGCCUAUUAAAACUUAUUGAUGAAAACAAUGCAGAAGCAAAGAAGAAAAGAAAGAACACUGCUACAUGCAAGAAAAAAGAUAUUGAAAACCUUGUCACACAAUUGAAUGAUCUGAAAACUGAAACCAAGAGUUGCUGCAUCAGAAAGGAGGAUGACGCCCUUCAGGUCAACCUGGUCGAGAUACAAAACAAUGUAACAAUGGCUAGGAGAACCAUUGAAGAAACCAAAGCUGAUGUCGAGGAAAUCAAAAAUGACAUUGAAGAGAUAAAAAAUGAUGAAGAAAUCAAAAAUGAUGUCAAUCAGAUGAAAAGUGACAUAGCCUCAGUAAAAGAUCUCUUGGAAAAGAUGCAGGAUUCAAAGUGUGAACCAACGGCUACAUAUCCAA